UCAUCUUGAUGGCUACUAGUUACUUGGUUUUUGAAUGUAUUUUUAUUUGGAGUCCACCUUUCGUAUUUCACAGGGGAGAAGACAUCUUAAACCAGCGGAGUGACUCUCUAGUUGUGGAGUUUCAGUCGUCCGCCAGCAGAUGCAGGAGUGUCUACGAACCCGAUAGAAAUGUGUUACGGAGGAAGGAACGAGAGCGAAGAAAUCAGGAAACCCAGCAGGAUGAUGGCACAUUUAAUUCAAGUUACUCCCUCUUCAGUGAACCUUACAAGACUAACAAGGGGGAUGAGCUCUCCAACCGGAUCCAGAAUACUUUAGGCAAUUAUGAUGAAAUGAAAGACUUUUUAACGGAUAGAUCCAAUCAGAGUCAUCUUGUUGGUGUUCCCAAACCUGGCGUCCCUCAAACGUCUGUGAACAAGAUCGAUGAACAUUUUGUUGCAGACUCCAGAGCCCAGACCCAGCCCUCCUCCGUGUGUAGCGCUGCCUCUUCCACACCAGCAGCUGUCCCAGGGCAGCAGAGUAAGAGGGGCACCAUGGGCUGGCAGAAGGCUGGACACCCACCACCUGAUGGCCAGCAGAGAGCAACACCACAGGGCUCUCUCAGGACCUUGCUUGGAGAUGGCGUCGGCAGACAGCAGCCUCGAGCUAAACAAGGGUGCAAUGUGGAGGUGGGUCUGCAGACCCAGGACAGGCCACCUGCUACGAUGUCAGCCAAGCACAGCAGCGGGGGACACUGUGUUCAGAACUUUCCUCCAUCUCUGGCUUCCAAGCCCAGCCUGGUCCAGCAGAAACCAACUGCGUAUGUGCGGCCAAUGGAUGGCCAAGACCAGGCUCCUGAUGAGUCUCCUAAGCUCAAGUCGCCCACGGAAACCAGUGUGCACUGCACGGCCUACAGGGGAGUCCCAGCCUCCAAGCCCGAGUCAGCCCGGACCAAGGCCAAGCUCUCCAAGUUCACCAUCCCCAAACAAGGAGAGGAGAGCCGACCUGGAGACAGCAACAGCUGCGUGGAAGAAAUCAUCCGGGAGAUGACCUGGCUCCCACCACUUUCUGCUAUCCAGCCACCUGGCAAAGCGGAACCAAGCAAGUUUCCAUUUCCAAAUAAGGACUGUCAGCUUGUCUCCUCCGGACACAAUAAUCCAAAGAAAGGUGAUGCUGAGCCGGAGAGUCCAGACAAUGGGACAUCAAAUACAUCAAUGCUGGAAGAUGACCUCAAGCUGAGUAGUGAUGAAGAGGAGAACGAACAGCAGGCAGCCCAGAGAACCGCUCUCCUCGCUCUGUCUGACAGCGCCGUGGUCCAGCAGACCAACUGCAGAGGCUCCGUGCCGUCCAGCAAGGGCAGCAGCAGCGGCAGCGGCAGCAGCAGCUCCUCCAGUGACUCGGAGAGCAGCUCUGGAUCGGACUCGGAGACCGAGAGCAGCAGUUCGAGUGAGAGUGAGGGCAGCAAGCCCACCCACUUCUCCAGCCCUGAGGCUGAACCGGCAUCCUCUAACAAGUGGCAGCUGGAUAAAUGGCUAAACAAAGUGAAUCCCCACAAGCCUCCAAUUCUGAUCCAGAAUGAGAGCCAUGGGCCAGAGAGCACCCAGUACUACCCCACAGUGAAAGACGAGGUGCCUGAGUGUGGGCAGCUCCCGGAGCUCUGCCAGACCAGCCUGCGGGAGAAGGAAAUCAAGAGCGCCUGCAAGGAGGAGCAGAGGCCCAGGACCGCCAACAAGGCCCCGGGCAGUAAAGGAGUGAAGCAGAAAUCGCCACCCGCCGCUGUGGCUGUGGCUGUGACCGCUGCUGCCCCGCCGCCCGCAGUGCCCGGGGUGCCCACGGAGAGUGCACCUGCGCCAGCCCGGAGGUCUGCCGGCAAGAAGCCCACCCGGCGCACAGAGAGGACCUCGGCCAGUGGCGGAGACAGCACCAACUGUCACCGGGCCGAGGAGCCCACAGCUGGGGACCCUCUGGGGACAAGCGUGGUGGUCCCCCCAGAGCCCACCAAAUCCAGACCGUGCGGCAACAGCAGAACAGGCCACAGGAAGGAGCUCCGCUCCUCGGUGCCCUGCGAGAAGCGCCGCACGCGGGGCCUAAGCAGGAUCGUCCCCAAGUCCAAGGAGUUCAUCGAGACGGAGUCGUCCUCCUCGUCCUCCUCGGACUCGGACCUGGAGUCGGAGCAGGAGGACUACCCUCUGUCCAAGCCGCAGGCAGGGGCCCCCUCCUCCACCUCCUCCUCCUCCUCCUCCUCCGCCUCCGCGUCUGGGUGUGAGCAGAGACUGAAGGAGGCUGUGAACAGCAUUAGCAGCGGGGGUGGCCCCCGGGCCCCCGUGGGCUCCAUCAACGCCAGGACCACCAGCGAAAUCGCCAAGGAGCUGGAGGAGCAGUUCUACACGCUGGUCCCCUUCGGCCGCAACGAACUUCUCUCCCCUCUGAAGGACAGCGAGGAGGUCAGGUCUCUCUGGGUCAAAAUCGACCUGACGCUCCUGUCCAGAAUCCCGGAACACCUGCCCCAGGAGCCGGUGGUCGUGAGCACUCCUGCCGCCAAGGACGCAGAGAGCGCACCACCGAGUCUCUUGUCCGAUGCACCCCCCGAAAAGACUUUGCCAAAGUCCAAGAGGAAACGCAAGUGUGAAAACGAAGACGAUUACAGGGAGACCAAGAGAGCCCAGUCAGAGAGGGAGAGCUCCUCACGACUGACCAGUAGCACUGUGUCUGCAACCCACUGCAACAGGAGCAUCAACAGCUUGGCAAUCCCAAUUAAUAAAAAUGAAAAAAUGCUCCGGUCACCCAUGUCACCCCUCUCCGAUGCAUCGAAACACAAACACGCCAGCGAGGACUUCACUUCGUCCGGCAGGCCCACUGGCAACGGUCUGUUCACGUCGGCCUCCACCAACAGAAAGCAUAAGGCCGAGAACCAGCUGCUGGUGCACGCCGGGGACCUCACGAAAGCAGCGCACAACAAUUCCGAAAACAUUCUCCUCCACAAGUCACGGCUGCAGACGGAGCCCUGGUCUCCCGUCUCCAACGGGCACCGAGACUGCAAGAGGCAGAAGCUUGUCUUCGAUGACAUGCCACGCAGUGCAGAUUACUUCAUGCAAGAAGCUAAGCGGAUGAAGCAUAAAGCGGAUGCGAUGGUGGAAAAGUUUGGGAAAGCACUGAACUAUGCUGAAGCAGCUUUGUCGUUUAUUGAGUGUGGGAACGCGAUGGAACAAGGCCCGAUGGAAUCCAAGUCUCCGUACACGAUGUACUCAGAAACAGUAGAACUCAUCAGGUAUGCGAUGAGACUAAAAACCCACUCAGGCCCCAAUGCCACCCCAGAAGACAAGCAACUAGCCGCUUUAUGUUACCGAUGCCUGGCUCUCUUGUACUGGCGGAUGUUUCGACUUAAAAGGGACCAUGUUGUAAAGUAUUCAAAAGCUCUUAUCGACUAUUUCAAGAACUCAUCCAAGGCUGCCCAAGCCCCAUCUCCAUGGGGAGCCAGUGGAAAGAGCACUGGAACCCCAUCCCCCAUGUCUCCCAACCCCUCUCCCACCAGCUCCGUGGGAUCUCAGGGGAGCCUCUCCAACACCAGCACCCUGUCCCCGUCCACCAUCGUCAGCAUUCCGCAACGCAUCCAUCAGAUGGCGGCCAAUCACGUCAGCAUCACCAACAGCAUCCUCCACAGCUACGACUACUGGGAGAUGGCUGACAACCUGGCCAAGGAAAACAGAGAAUUCUUCAACGACCUGGAUCUGCUGAUGGGGCCAGUCACCCUGCACAGCAGCAUGGAACACCUGGUCCAGUACUCCCAGCAGGGCCUGCACUGGCUGCGGAACAGCGCCCACCUGUCCUAGGGGCCUCCCCCUGCCCCGAGCUGACCGUGCUCCCGUCUCCACAGACCGCUCCACGUUCCGGACACUGUGCUACUGGACCCCUCGCCACUCGACAGCGAACAUUCCCUCUGCCUUGAACAAUGAAUGGUCUCUCCCCAGGACUUGUGUGUUUGUCCGUGUGGGUGUGUAACCAGCCGCCGGUGUGUGUGCGCGUGUGUAAGAUCCACAGCUCUUCAGAACCAGUUCUCUUGUCCGGUUUCCAUAAUCCUAACCUAGACAAGGUCCUGAGGUUCCUGAGUCGAAGAGUCACCCGCGCACAGUCACACGCGCACACUUUCUACCGCAGUACUGAACCGUGACUUAGAAAACUUCAACCAAAAUCUCAUGGGCUAGUGAACCCGGUGCAAGACAGCACAAGACAAGUUGACUGCCCGUUAGGAUGAACCUAGCUUUUAGACGAUGGACGGCUUUUCAGUAUUAUUAUGCUACUCCCCUAUUAUUUUUCCAUCGGUGUGAACAAAAUGGGUAAUUGCAUCAUGGAAAUUAAGUCAGUUAUUUUUGGUGCCAGAAGCUGAAAAGAUUGCAUGUUACCAAAUACCCCGCCCUCCUCCUGAUAUCCCACCUUUCUUAUCACCAUUCCACCACCUACCUUUAUCAUCAGGACCUGCCUGACAAGCAAGUGGAGCGGCUCCCACACACCCUGCCUAGCACCCUGCCCCCCCGCUCCGCCGCCACUGAGUGUGAAAAUGGUACCCAGAGCUGGUUGAAACCAACAAACUGUGUCUCUGAAAGUUAACCAGCAUUAAGGACUGCCUUGGGGGGCUCAGUUCAAAAAGACACGGAUCUCUCUCGGGCCCCUGUGUGAUGACUGCAGCCCCGGCCAGCACAGGCAUCCCCGCCUUCCAGCCACUGUGACUCGGCGGCUUUACAGCCAUGUGGCAUUUGUCAGCCAAGAGCUUUUCAAGUCUUUUCUUUCCACAAGAGCUUUCUUUACAAAUACCCUUAGCCAAAAUUAGGUCAUUACCUAAACCGGCCCCCUUCCUGAGGAGGCAGCACCUGACGCAGGCUGGGAACCACUUUCCAUCCUCGCUCUCCACACAGGAUGUGCGCCCCUGUCGGCCUCGGGUGCCUCUUGACUCGGGGAUGUCCUUCAGGCUCUGGACGGAGCACUGAGCAUAACUCUGCCCAGCGCGCAGCCUGCUGAACCCUUCUUGUCGGGUGUGUGGCCACCGCUUCCUUGCUUCUUGUCUUUUUCUUUCAGUUAACUUCUUGUUGGUGCUUCAUUUUUGUGUUUUGUUUGAAAUUUCAUUGUGGGGUAUUUUUAUUUCUGUCUCUGUAUGAACCUGAUGUCCUUUAGAGUGCCCUCUCAGGUCCUAGAAUUAGUCCCCUUGUUAAAUAUAUUUGGCCAUGAAAAUAUGGGGUGGGGGGCAGCAAAAGAAGAAAUCGCUGAAAGGAACCUAUUACCUGGUCACACUUUAAUCAUGACAGGACUGCCCUUGACCUCUCAGUUGACAACCUUGCAUUGGGACAACCUGAAGGAGACAAGUGACUGGCUGUGGGGGGCAGUCCAUUCUUCAAGGUGACAGUGGUGUGGCCGUCGACGUCCGCUGGUGGCUGAUCUGACGGGCUGGUUUGCAGCGUUCGGUUUCUCGCCAGCCUGGUCUCUAGAUGGGAAUUAAGGUCCUGGCAUCCGCUCACGCAAAGCACUGACUGAGAACUGCACAGAUCAAACAACUCUGUUGAUUUAAAAUUCAUUUCAAAUGAGCAAGUGAAGGGCUGGUUCAAUUUGCAUUUGGCUCUGGCCUUCAGGAAUCCAGGAACUAUUAGCAGCAGCAUUUCCAUUUUUUACUAAGGCAACUGAGGUGCUGUUGCCAAUGGUUAACGGAUUGCAUGAUCGUUCUUACACUGGGCUAGUUCUUGUCAGGCAGUGAAUGCUGGUGAUGCUAUGUAUGUGCAAACGGUCAUGAAGGAAUGACCCUCAGGGUUCUUCAGGCAUCCCCAGGUGCUUCUCUGGUCUGGCCCAUCUUUCAAGUUGAAGGCUCUGUUGUGGCAUCCACAGGAUGCCCGUUUAAACACAGGGGUGGUCUCUGGCUAAGGAGCCCCAGGGCUGGAUGGUUCAUCAAAAGGUGAGGGCUUCAAACCCACCAGUCACGCUCACAGGAGCUAGAUGUGGUGUGGUGGGCUGCUUCCAAGAGGCUUGACAACCUUGGAACCCUUCUGGGACGGUUCCACUCUGAGAAUUGACAGCAAUGGAGGUUGGGUCUCUGGCUUACAAUGCCAGUCACAUGGCGUCAGCACUUUGGUGUGCCCCAACCAAGCUUCUGAAACUGGUCACUUGGGGAAUGGCCAGACAGGGCGUUCCCGUCGUCAUCUCUGUUUCAUCUCUCUGAAGCAUGGGGUGGCUCAGAAGUGCUGGUUGGUUUGGUCCAGAUGGUUUUAGCAAGGAGCCCUUCUGACCGUGGCUCCCUAACGCCUUCCUUUUCCUUCAUUGUGUUCCAAGCAGAAACAUUCUUCUCUGUUCUGAUCAUUCCUGUACUCCAUCCCCACUGUAGAAAUGCAGAAAGUAAGUGUAAACCCUCAAUGAUCCCAUUCUCUCGAGAUAACCACUGCUCACAGUGUGAUGUCUGUCCAUCCAGAGACGUUUCCAUCGGAACCUGUCACUUUUAUGACCAUUUCUUUCUGUUUGAAGACACAGUCUUUCCUCAGAAAUUGAACCUGAUUUUAACCGACCUUGUCCUUCCAUGACUGGAGUGGAUGUCACCCUUCAUCACAAUGUUGGGAUUACCUGCAAAGGAGAGCCACCCCAAUAUAUUACAGUUUAAAAUGUGGCGCUUGUUGCUACGCUGCACAGACCAGACUUGUGUGCAGAUUUGUGCCUGGAGAGGGAGGUGGGGUUAAAACACAUAUUGCUGGUAUUUCCAAAUUGCAAAUGGAAAACUCAAACCCACUAUCUAUAGCCGAGUAUCCUGGAAAGAUACAUUUGAAGAGUCGAACAAUUGUGGAUCAGAUUGGACAUAACGGAAUGCAAUGCAUUGAGACUUGCUGCACUAAAAUUUCUCAUACUGUGUACAACAAUGAUAUGCGUAUUGUAUAACAGUGAUGUGUACAUUUCUGACACCCCAUACACAAUACACAGUUUGUAUAAAUGCAUACAUUUAAAAAUAUAUAUGUACAAUACAGCUAACAUACAACUGUAGUAAGCCUGAAGGAUAUUUCUAGUGCCUAAUAAUUGAGUAUAAGUCACUGCGUGUUCACAUCACCUUGGAAGUGCAGUAAUUGUUAUAAAAUUAAUCCGUGCAGCCAACCAUUAUUUAUGAAUCACAUCUUUGAAACUGUGCAGUAGUAUAUACAUAUAUAUUUUUAAAUAACAUUUUUCACAGUUUUCCAGAGUUACUGUUGAAAUCUGUAUCACCAAAAAAAAAACCCCAAGAUUUUUUAAAUGAAGUAGACACUCUCCAAACCCAGUAAUCUGUGUGUGAUUUCUCCGUUUGUAGAUACCCAAGAGACUAGCCGUCACCAGCCUUAAUGCAUGUACAGGAUAUUAUUGUGACUUAAUUUAUCUGCAGUUUUUAAUCCAUGUGGAAUUGGGAUUUAUAAACGGACUUGGAUUAAAUAUGUCUGCCUUUCUAAGGUUGCAAAUGUUACAUUAAAUGAUUUAUGUUGUAAAUGAAA